CAGCUCCAGCCACCACAGUGACCAGAUCCACAGGACUUCUUAAAGCUAAUACAGACUGCAAAUCUGAUAAAUACCAAAGCCUUUUUACCGCGUGUGUUCAUUAUAUCUCAGUAAAGAUUACAUCAGUUAAGCAAACCAGCGUGUCUUUCCUUGAGAUUCGGUAUAAACUUGAUGUGAAGCUGUGUCCACGAGACAGCGGAGACAUUAUAGUAAAAAGGCUUUUAAAACGUUAUCAGAAGCAGUUAAUCAGCUUUGAAUCGUCCGCAACAGUAAAAAAGACUCAUAAAUCCUGUGCCCUGCAGUCUGUGUCGGAGUAAGGGCGCGAAGCACUAGAAAGUGAAACUAAUUCUCUCACGUGCUAUAACACCGCUGUACUGUGUCCAGUCAUCAUCAUUAUCUGCGUUGCCAGCUAAAGCAAGAUGCAGAACCCAGAGAACAGCACUCUGACAGUUAACCCUCAAUGCUCCUAUAAAGAGGAAGACACCUUGCCAAGAAGUAGAUCUAGGUGCACAACAUUGUCUAGAGCGUCCAGUCAAACAAAUCUAACUUCGGUUAGCGCCGAUGCAUCAAGAUUUAAACGCCAUAGUUCUAGACACUCAAGCACCACCAGCCUGUCAUCCGCUAGCGCCAUAGCAACUAAGGCAAGAGCGAAAGCAGAGGCAGCUUGUGCAAUGGCGUCCUAUGCAAAGCAGGAAGCUGAAUUGAUGAAAGAACAAGCAAAAAGUGAAUCUGGAGCACUUAGAAGAAAAGCUGAAUUGAUGAAAGAACAAGCAAAAAGUGAAUCUGAAGCACUUAGAAGAAAAGCUGAACUGAUGAAAGAACAAGCAAAAAGUGAAUCUGAAGCACUUAGAAGAAAAGCUGAAGUGCAAGCAUCUUUACACUUACUGCAACAGCAGAAAAACGCUGCAGCAGCCUUAGCCGAGGCAGAAGUUCUCACAAGGGCUGCCGAAGCUCAGUUCGCUGACAUAGAAACCCAGAUGUCACCCCUCAGCGCAAGCCAACGUACCCGUGAGUACAUACAGUCACAAGCAACCAUGUACACUGACCAGCAGUUCAAUUAUGCACCAAGACCAUCAUUGACUCCACCAGCAAUAAGCAACUUUGAUACUAUGCAACACUGCAAGACUGAAUCAGAACCUCAGGGUAGGAAGUCAAGUGGUCACAUCCUCAGAGACCAAUCUGCCAACCUGACAAGAGUGCAAACGGAUGCUGAUUUACUCCCUCCUCAAGCAAAUACAAGUCUGGAUUAUAGCAGAAAGACUUACAACAGAGGAGAACAAAGCAGACUUAGUCAAGUACCUCAUCAGCCUUACCAGCCGCAGCCAUACCCUGAGUUUACACCCAGGAAGUAUUCACCAGAUGCAGCAAAAGCUACAGAGGUAGCAAGAUUCCUGAUGCGCCGUGAGAUAAAUGGUCGUACAUCUUGUCUUUGCCCAUGUACCAACAGUCUACACAUUAAAGAGAGACUUGUAAACCCAACACAUCAUCGGAGUAUCCAGAGGUACAUGGAAGACUUAGCCUCAACUGGAGAUACAGAUGAACUGGGCGGACUUGUAUACCAAGCAAUGGAAACAAGUUCAAAGUCUUGCGGACAUUUUCUGGAAGAGGUGGAGACAGGAAUACCUGGUGAUCUUCCAGCCAUGCAAGAAAUGGCAAGAUGA